AUGUGCCUCACAAUUGUGACCCAUUUCAACCGCUGCUCCCACCGCAUCUCAACCACCACCUUCUGCCCGCGCAGCAUCCAGGACCUGCCGACCAUCUACCACCCUCCACGGCCUUGCGUGACCAACAGCCGAGAGAAAGACCACGUCGUCUACCGUGACCAGCUGUGUGACUCGUGUCUCAAGGUGGACGCCUGGCUUGCUGGCGGCGGCGGCGGCGGCGGCGGCGGCGGCUGGCCUGACAGUCCCCCGAGGAGGGACGAUCCUAGCACCAGAAGGAAGGAAAAGAGGCGGGAAAAAGACUCGGCAGGGCGGACUACAGAAGGAAACCCCUCGUCUCAUCGCCACCACCGUUCUCCCGGGCAGAGAACAAGUGGACGGCGGCAGGGCGUAACCGCGGAGCCGACGUGCCCGGUGCCCACGCAUGCGGCGCACGAGGACGGCGGCCGGUGUCCGUUGUCUGAGGCGUUUGAGCGCACGGUGAGGAUCGAGGGUGACUUGGGUGCCCCAGGCCCAUCCGACGGCUGGUCCCUGGAGGAGGAGCGUGCCGGCGACGUAUCGGGCAAGGACUUGUGCGAGGACGAGAUUGAGGAUGCCGGCAUCGACCACCAUAGUUGGACCUGGGGACAGAGAGGAGAGGCUUGGCCGUUCGGACUUGUUCGUUUCCCCUCUGAUGACGGUGGGAGCAGGCCUGGUGGCCCGCGUUCUCGGAUUGAUGGUCACGGAGUACGUUCGCGGUGGACGAGGCGUCGCACGGCGGGCAGGAGGAAGAAACAGGUUCGGUUCGCCCGGGUAUCUGAGAUGGUGCGUUUCAGGGGAGACUCGGCCACCAGGACUCUGGGAAGUUUGAGGAGGGAGUACAAGGCAUGUCGCUGA